AUGCCUCCUCUUAAGAAAAGAAAGUUGUUGUCAGUCUCGCGGUUUCUUGACAUCUCGGCCGCUGAAGGUGACGAUGAAGAGUCCGAUGGCUUAACCGAAGAGGAAGAUGAAGAGGAAGGUCAUCUAGAUGACGGUGCGUCUGAUGAGGACAUCGAGGAUGGAGAUGCCGCGCGCGACACACCCAAAUGGGUAUCCACAGAGGACUCGCAUUCACCGUCUGCGGAGGAAUUGGUGCAGGAUGUCAUCAGUCGUUACCGUGCCUCGAACACGCUGGAUUCGCAUCCUGGUUUGUCGGAUGCAAUGCAUCUAUUCCUUCAGCCAACCGACGAAGACUCUCCUCUCUGGGUUUGCAAAGUGAAGGCCGGCUAUGAAACGGACAUUGUCUUGUCGAUUUUCGAGCGCAGCGGAGGACCUGACUUGUUAUCCGCCUUUGCUUUGCCUUCGCGUUCAGGCCUCGUGUAUAUCGAGGCGCUCUCCUUCUCGCAAGCACUCAAUUCCCUUUUUCGCGCAUCAGACUUGUGUCCCCUCUAUCCUGGUGUAAUUAACAACGAGGUUCCUCGUAUCGUCCCUCUGGAUGAGUGCCUCGCGUCCCUAAUUUCACUCCCUCCCUCUCAUUCCAUCUCCGUGCUCUCCUUCAUUCGUGUAAACGAUCCACGCUCUAUCUAUAACGGCGAUAUCGGCUUUGCGGCGCGCAAUAAUCACGACGGUUGGAUUCAAAUUGCAAUAGUGCCUCGCAUAACACUACAUGAGACUGGAAUGCGUCCUAAUCCUGUUCUGUUCGACGUCAAUGAUUACCUUGAUGAGAGCUUUGAAUUCUUAGACGACGGUCACAUUGCCUGGGACUCAAGCGGCUUGCUCUUUUAUCAAGGUUUCAUGAUCACAGAAUUUCGUGAUACAUCCCUAUCUAAUCUCUUUAUACACGAUCCCAUUCUAACCUGA